ACUCCGUACUCUCGCAGCCCCGAACUGCGAGUCAGCCAUAAGCUGGCCGAACGAAAACGCCGAAAGGAAAUGAAAGAUCUAUUUGAUGAUCUUAAGGAUACGUUGCCCGUGGAGAAAGGACUGAAAACAAGUAAAUGGGAAAUACUGAGUAAA